AUGAGCGAAAUAUCUGCUCAGCCAAAAUAUAUAGAGAUGCUGUCAGAAGCUGAUAGAAAGGAGUACAACAAUCUAAGAUCGAUGUUAUCAUCAAAUGUAGUCAGGAAUCGGCGAGGAAAGCGUGUUGAAACGUUUGCUGAGAUUUUAACAGCAAUAAAGAACUUUUGUAUCAAAGGAGAUGGCGAUGAUUGGAAACGAUGCCUUGUAUGCGGUGUUUGCUGGCUUCCUGCAGGAAUUGCAAUAAAUAAUAGACAAUUCCAGAUUUUAAUCGAUAAAUGCAAGUCAUCCAUAAAUGGAUCACUCCAAAGAAUGGGAUAUGGAACCAUCCAAUCUCGCCAAGAAUCAAUAAAAUUAUUAAGUGAGUCAAUACCUCUUUUAGCACAGAAUUAUCCAGAAGCCCGUGAAUGGAGUGUUCGCCAAUAUAUUGCAGCUACUCCGCAACCAUCUAAUCCAUCAACUCAAUUUAAACUUAUUCCACAAUUUAAUUCUCCAGCACCUCAAAUACCAAAUGCAAAUAACGUUAUGCAUAUGCCUACACAACAAUUCUACGAGCAAUUACCUCCUCAACCACAACAAGAACCACCAGAAGAUCCUUAUGAUCCAAAUAAUGACUUUGGUAAUUUCAGUAUGGAUCCAAAUUAUAAUCCAUUCGAUGAAUAUGAUCCAUACUCUCUUGAACAAACCUUCCCUAUCUCUUCAAAAGCUCAAGAAUGA